UAGUGACUCUAAUAACCUUAUUACAUAGAGUAUUGCAAGUCACCAUAGAAAAAACCCGUGUAGUUUUUGUUUUAGGGUGGACUUUCUGCAGAUGGGAGGAGAAAUGGUCACCUGACAUGACUGUAACCAGCUGGGUAAAUAUGGCGUCUGUUACUGGAUGUGAAAAUUACUACACGCAGCGCUUUUGUUUUUAAACGGUGUUGGUGUCGCACCAGGAGCCCGCAUUUUACCCCAAAAAUCGGUAAAGCGAUAGAGACGACGCAUGAAGACACGCAGGUCAGACGGAGAAAGCCGCUUCACCGAAGCGGUUGUGUGUUUUUUUACUCGGCACAGCAUGAAUGGUCUGAUGUCUGCCCCGACCCUGUGAUUGGCGCAAAAAUAAUUGCUUUUGUUAACAGAGUACCCGACUAGUAUGUAUUUCGUUGACUUAACAACCAUCCUGCAAUUGGGACUGGCUACUACUGAGACCACGGGUAAAUACUGCGUCUUCUCUGCGUUGGACGCGUUUUUUAAGUUUAUAUAAAUCCCUUUUAUAGACCGUCUCCAUCUCUGGGCUACUAGAAUCAUAUGCUUUAACCUCACUUACUCAGCCACUAUAUGGACAAUGUGAGAGCAGAAAGAUAACUCUGCUGCAUGUGGCUGUGCUCUAACAACUCGGUUAUGACUCUAAGCAGCACUGAACUCUGUGCUGUGUUUCUCAUGCCUUUCUCAACAACACCACUAUGAUAGGAUCGCCUGACGUGGUGGCUUUCACUAAAGAGGAUGAAUUUGGCCAGACAAGUCCUGACCCCUGGGGCCUCCCAGAGGAGUUCUCCAUCCCUCUCUAUCCUCCAGCUGACUCCAACCCCUGGGCCAAAACCUCCUAUGCCAAGUUCACCAAAGACUUCAUCCUCAUCUCCGAGUUCUCUGAGCAGGUGGGACCUCAGCCGCUCCUCACCAUCCCAGAUGACCCCAAAGUGUGCGGCACAUUCGAUCUUAACUACUUCUCUCUGCGUAUCAUGUCAGUGGACUACCAGGCGUCCUUUGUCGGACAUCCACCUGGCAGUGGCUACCCAAGACUCAGCUUUGUGGAGGACUCAAGAGUGGUGCUGGGCGACUCCAAGGAGGGGGCAUUUGCCUAUGUCCACCACCUCACACUUUACGACCUGGAGGCAAGGGGCUUCGUGCGACCUUUCUGCAUGGCGUAUAUUUCGGCAGAUGAGAGGAAAAUAAUGCUGCAAUUUCAGGAGAUGUCACUCCGUUUCUCGCAGGCAUCUGAGUGUCUUAAGGCUGGUAACAGAAGAGCCUUUGCCAAGGAACUUCAGAGGAAGCUCCAGGACCUGGAGUACACUCACUCUGUGCUGCAGAGAGAGGAGGGCCUGCAGAGAGAGGCAGGGCCUCAGUCCAUGUACUCUGCUCAUGUUGUAGAGAAGGCCAAUGAGCUGGCCAAUGUGGAAAAGAGCAUCUAUGAACACAGAGACCUGCUGAGACAGAUCAGCUCGUACUAUUGCUACCCACGCAGAGAUCCUCACGCUGUCACUUGCCAGAGGUGUAUGACUGAGUGCUUGAGUGAGUGCGAGGCGCUGUUGGACAAAUAUGCCAAGCUUGCCAACCCCUUCAGUUACACGGCCAAAGGAAGGAAGAGGGAAGAUGGGCAGGGUGAGAGUGAUGGUGAAGGAGGUGAGGAGGAAGUGGAGGAGGAUGAAGAGGGUAUUAAACGCAGGUCAUCUUACACGCCCCAGCUGAUCAAAGCCAAGUCUGCCAAGUGUUUCGACAAGCGAUUGAAGACCCUCCAAGAGCUGUGUGAUGACACUUUUUAUGAGGCCACCAUGGAGCUCCUAAAGGAGACAGAGAGGAGUUUCCGUGGUGACCUGUGUUACCUUCACACACGCCGCCUGGACAAGGCUUUACGCAAGAAACAGAGAGUUACCAACUUCCUGUUUGAGGAGGACCUCAGUGAUGAUGUGGAGGAUGAUGGAGGGAUAUUACAACCGUUCUGUGCUGUCAACCAUGCUGUAGAAAACUAUACACUCUUAAACCCACCUCCGAUUGUACUAGGACCAGAACCUCUAAAGCUACUGAAGCCUCCAGAUUCUAUAGACCCAAUCUCUGAGACCAGCAAUACAUUGGAGAGUGAGCUUGGGCUUGGGGAUAAUCAUUUGGAAUCCUCCCCCUCAAACCAGACUCUGGAAACCCUGGAGAGCUCAGAGGAGACCAAGGGGAGCUUUAGCAGUGAUAAGAGUGGGAUGGGUCCAGCAGAGAAGCAACAAAGUCUUGGUAAUGUGUCUGACCCUCCUGAUUUUGACUUGACCACUGACCCUGACCAGAUUACUGACUUGGAGAGAGAGAGCAGCAGUGAAGAUAUGGAAACCACUGCAGGGGAGGAUGAGGGUGACAAUGGGGGAGACCAACCACCUCUGUCUUUCCUGGAAGUUGCGUCUGAGCUAGAGGCCAAUUCGGAGGAUGACAGUGAAAGAUUUAGUGUUAAGACAUGUGAAAUACAGUCUGACUUGUUGGUUCCAAUUGACUCAGCAUGUUGUAUGGCUCAAGAGGGUUUCCUUUAUGAGGCAUCUGCUCCAGAGGCAGAUCCUCUUCAGGGUCAUAGUUCCUGCAGUCAAUCCUCUCAAACCCUGGUGGUCAACCAGGAACCCCAAUCCCUUCUUCCCCUCCAGGAUGAUUACUUUGUGGGUUCUCCAUGCACAGAAAAAACUGUAGCUGGUCUGGAACUGCCCAUUGGACAUUUUGGAGAUGCAGUGUCCCGAAAUUCAUUUGAAGAUGGGUCAGACUGCACCAUGAGUGCUUCUACAGGGUCUGAUCGUGCUGCCUCACCUCUCGGUUAUGGAGGGACGGUGACCUUGCGUCACAGGAAAAAAGCUGGCCAAGGAGCUCUGAGGUUUGUGCGACAGUACCCCUUUGCCAUGCAAGCUUUGUGGUGCCUGUUGAGUGGCAGAACGCUGGUGGUGCUUGGGGCAGAUGAGGGGAGGGUCCGCCGGUUGGUUGCUGCUCUGGCCCUCUUUGUUCCUGGCCCUGGGAAAUGUGGAGAGAGGGUUCAAGCCUGGCUGUGCUGCCCAUUUACCCUUACUGAUCUGCAGAGGUGGAAACUCAUUGGAUUGCAAAGAAUGGCGUCUCCUGUGGGGUCCAGCAUGCUUUACUCCCUGUCCCGCUACAGUCGAUACAUCUCCAUCCUUGAUGCUGACCAAAAGACCUUGCGCUGCCCCGCGUAUCAGGGCCAACUGCUUGCCAACUUAGCCGAUCACCGCACCUUCAUUCGCCGUGGCUCCACCUACUUCCUUCACACACAGAGCACCCUCUGUCACCUGGCCGCCAAGGCCUUCCUCUUUACUUUCACCCACCACCUCCACCUGCCUGUCAGCUCCACAGAGGGUCCUGAGGUUGUAGAGGGCAGACGGCGCUGCUUCCUGCAGGAGCAGCUGGGGCUGGGUGAGGAGGACAGCCAGAUACUGCUCUACCUCAGCCAUCUUAUCACUCAGCGGUACCUACAGGCUGCCACUGGGAGCAGUGGAGCAGCACCGUGUUUUAGUUUUAAAUACACCACCAGCGUUUUAUACAAAAUCUAAUAUUCUCCUGAGAGGAGGAUUCUCAUUUAUUGUUUUAGCUGAAAUUAUCUGUGACCCUUUGGUUUUGAGUGGACCACAGGUGAUUGUAUCAAGGUCUUAAGUAGUUUUAGUUUCAGAAAAAUCUUCUCUGGUUAUUAUUUUUCUGCCUUGCUGUCUUUUUCUCUUUUCUUACUUUUUCCUUAGGUAAGAGAGAACAAACUGUGAAUGUCAGAGAGUGGUUUACUUUGGUUCAGAGGUAUGUUGACACACACAAGCACGAGCAGACAGAGAUCUGCUCUACUGUUUGUCCUUUGGGCCAUUUGUCGUAAUUUUUCUCUUCUGUGUUACUUGCACUGGCCUUUUUGUGUGUGUGUUUGUGCGGGUGUGUGGGUGUGUAUGUGUGUGUGUGGUGCUGGUCUGACCUCCACCAGCUCACUAAUAGGUUAAAUCACAGCUCUGUGUCAGUCCCCACCAUCCACUGAGCAGAUUGUAAGUGUUGAUGUAAUAUCAGCUACAUGUAAACAUGUUUUUCAUGAUUCCUGUAACAUUUUCUGCCCAUGGUGAGCAGAUGUCUCUGAAUCUGUCCAUGUCACCUUAUUAGCAGGCUUGUUACAGCUGGUUUGUGACAUGCCUCUCUACAUACUUCCAAAAAACAUGCAAAGGCCAACUUUUUUUUUUUUAAAGCCAAUUUGUGUUUCACUCGGCCACACUUUCAGUUUUCGGUUUCAUAAAAUAGUUUUUACACAUGUUCCUGAAGUGGUUAAGUCUUCUGGUUGUUGUUUUUUAUAGUAUAGUCCCAAUGUUAGAUUUUAAAGGUGUAGAGUUGACUUUUGAAAGCAUGGAGUAAACAUUCCCAGACUCUGCUUUCAGUUUGUGAUGCAUGAGGACGUGUAUUCGGUGUGUGAAUUAGAUCCAGUUGGCUAUUAUGUGAUGUUGCAUGUCCGGAGACAUCAUGUCAUUGCACACAUAAAUGUUACUCACAGGAUUAGGACCAUUUUAAAGCUACUUAACCUAAAUGUAUUGCAUUUCACUGUUGUCUUAAAGUUGUGCGAGAGUGUUGUGGUGUCAGCAUGAGACUGUCCUGUGCCAGGGUGAAUUACUGUAUUGGUAUUUCUGUUUUUGUUGUAUUUGAAAGAAUGGACUUGGACAAGAUGCUGAACAUUUUGAAGAGUUGUUGCAGGGAAUGAUACGGAUGUGUUUGUGUAGAUUUUAUGAAUUUCUUGUGCCAUCAAACACAAAACUCUGAAGUUUGACACUUCAUUCCUGCGUCACUCAUUGCUAGUAAUCCAGCUCUAUUAUUUAUUGCUUCAGGACAAACUUGGGAUUAUGAUCAUCAUGCUGAGAACACCCAGACUUUUUGUCUGGAGUAUGUGGAGUAAAUGAAAAAGUAGUAAAUCUUUAAAGUUUUGUCACGUCGGCCAUUAAAAUCACAGCAGAAAAGUGUCUUUGAUAGUAUUUUAGAUUUUCCUGCUCAUAAAUCUGUGGCGUCAGUGAUGGAGCUUUGGUUAUGUGUCUAGGUUGGUGACUGUGCUUGUGAUUGCAUGGUUAGAGUUUUAAUGUGAAAGGUCAAACAAUGGCUGCUGUCCCUCCUGCUAUGAACAAAAAAUGAAGGCAUAUGCUUUUAAUUACCAUCAACUGUACUAUUUAAAUGUUCCACCCAAAGUUUUUUUCAGUUUGGUGCACUGAGUUCUUUAUUUUUUUUUGUUAUUUCCAUUUUAAUUGCUUGAAUAACAUUUAUUUCUGUUCAGAUGUUAUAAAUCUUUUUUUUAGCUUUUGUCCCUCUAAUGCAAAAAGGUGAAUGUAAUCUGAAAAAGCCAUACCACAGUGUGCUUAACGCGUUGUCACUAAGUGUCUGUAUGUUGCCAUAUCAUAUCCUUUUGUAUCUAAUCAUGCGAGGGCAGUGUAUUAACUUCAGUCUAGUAUGACUGUGCUAUUGCCAGUUAUUUUACUAAAACACGUCGUGAAUGUCUUGAUUCUUUUAUGUAAUGUUCAACAUAGUCAUUGACUUCAUUAAAUUAUUUGAAUCUA